AUGCACUCUACAAAGCACUUCCCUUCUGGUUUGGAGGAUCGGUCAAACAAUCCGGGAGCUUACGAUGCUUCAGAUGAGUAUGCUUACUGCAUCUGGAUAGUUCCUGCUUAUAGUUCCGAGGUUGAAAUAAGAUAUCGUAAAUUUACCAAAUGGGCCUUGUCUCAUGAGGAAGAUUUCCAAAAUAUGCGACUUCCCACUGCUCCUCAUGUUACGCUUGCAAAAGGAAUUCAUUUAAAAGAAGGCCAGUCGUUUGAAAGUGUUUUAAAGCAUAUUGCUUCAAAGAAGAUCUCUCCCAUGGACAUAAAAUUCGGAAAAGUGGCUCUUGGCAAUACGUACUUUGAUCGCGUCCAUUACCAGAUAUUACGCACUCCUGCAUUGAACGAGCUUCAACAGGCUGCUUAUGAGCUUGUAGACGAGAAUUUUUCUGAUGAGACUAGAGAACCGUACAUGCCGCUGAUUUAUGCAGAAGCUGUUGAAGGUUAUUGGGGCACUUCUGACCCUCUUCUUUCAUUAUCUAGUAUCAGUAACGUCAAUUGGGAAAACCCUUCUUUCCUUGAGUUAGUGCAAGUGAACUUGAACACUCACCAAGGAAUUAUCUGUGGAAGAGUGGAAGUGUCUUGA